AGAGCGAGGCGGGUAGGGACAGUUGUGAGUGUGCACGCAUUGGUUGAUACAUCGUACAAAACGGCACGAAAAUGAGCGUUUCACUCAGUAACGGUGUUUUGAAGUCGGUGAAAAGAUCGGACGAAGCUUUUAGAGAGCAACGGCGGAAAAGAAUGGAGGAGUUACUUGCCAAAAGAAAGAAGACAUUCGUAACAAUUCAAAAAAAGGUGGAUGCAAGGUAUAAGGAAAAUCUCUAUAAAGAACCUAUAGAGCAUAAACCAAAUAUGGUCAAUAAAGAAAAUAAUAUACCAGAAGCUACAAAAAAGAAAGCCCUUAUGAUGGAAAAUCCACAAAAUCAGCAGUUUGAUAAUGGAAGUUGCAGGAACAGUGGUGACAAGGCAAAUACUGUCCUUUCCAAGGCUGAGAAGAAAGAACAAGGAGACUCAAAAGAAACUGAAAAAACAACGGAUCUUGAAGUAAGACAACCUACAACCUUGACCCAGUCAUUUCUCGUUCAAAGAAAUAGCCAACAGAAACUACUAACUGCUGAAAAAAGUUUGAAUGCUGUGCAGUCUGAACCAAAUUCUUCCAAGUUUAUUCUUGGUUCCUACCGAGGCAAAAUAGUUCAAUCUAAGAUAAGUACUUUUCGGGCACCCAAAACCAGUAAUGAAAGAAGCGUGAAAUCUGAGGGUCCAGUUACUGGAAGGCCAGAGGCCGUAAAAGCACCCUUGGUAAAAAGCAAGACUAACGUCAAUAAACCAGACUUCAUAAUAAAUAAAAAGAAGGUGACAACCACUAGGUCAAAAGAGAUGGAACCACAAAUGACAAAUUUUGGGACAAAGCGUUCUGCUGAAAAUGGCACAGUAGGCAGUCGUCCUAUGCCCUUAGCCAAAGGGAAUGAAAGACCAGCUGUUCGACCAAAGGUUGGGGCAAAAGUGAAGGCACUUCCAAUAAAAGACACAAAAAACAUUGGUGAACCUCCAAAGUCACAAGAAGCUGGCGGUAAUAUCAAGAGUCGGUAUGCUAUUAGAAAUGAGACUGCAGAAGAACGAAGAGCAAAACUUGCUGAAUGGCUAGCAUCUAAAGGAAAAACGUUAAAAAGACCGUCCAUGGCAGGAUCUGUGCCCUCCACCAUUAAAAAGAACCCCAAAGACGUACCUCCUGCAACACCUUUGAAUGAUCAUGUUGUUGAAGAAGAAGAAGAACCAGAGCACAGUUCUAAUGAGAACAAGACAGCAGAGCACAUUGAAGAACUUUGUUCUGCAUUAUCAAACCUGUUGCCACCUUCCAAAUCUGAAGAUGAACUAGUAGUACAACCUGAAAUCAUGAGGCCUGACUUUGAAUUGGCACAACCAAUUUCAAAUAAAACCGAGGAGCAAGUGGUUCAAGCUGAUAACAGUGAUGUGAAAAAGGAAGAAGAAGAAGAGGAGGAGGAUGAUUUCGAAAAUAAAAGUGAGUUUGAAACGCCUGAUAAAAUGGAAGAGAACGUAACAGAGGAGGGGUCGUUGAUCAAGUAUAAUGUGAAGACUACUCCUUAUUUACAAAGUAUGAAGCAGAUGAUGAACAUAGACAGCAACAAAGGUGCUAUUAAAGAUCUGAAGUUUUUAACUCCUGUUCGGCGCUCCAAGCGAAUUAUGCACAUGUCUAAUCAGUUGCCUGAGAUGCUAAUGGAUCAUGAUCCCUGCAUUGCAUCACUACCAGAACUGGUCAGCUUAGGUGGUGAUGCCAAUGCAUUUAUUUUCAGACAAAAUACACACCUUCAAGAAGCUGCAGGUCUACAAGAAAGUGUUUAAAAGUAGUUAACAGCACAAAUUAUAAACACAAAAAGUGAAGAAUCUAUGCAAUACUGUAUAAUAUUUAAACGUCUAGUUCACAGUGCUUAUGCUAACAUUUUUUUAUUUGUACAUUAGAAUACACUGUGUGCAAAUUUAGUUGAAUAGUACUUUUCAGGUCUUAUGUAUGUCUAACCAUAAUGUGAGCAAUUCCACAUCGUUUUAAUCACAUUUAACAAUAAUCCUUGCGGGAAGUCUAUGAAAGUAAACACUAUAGCUGCGUAAUGUACAAAAAGCAUCUUUGGUGUAUUCAAAUACAUAAUUUUAGUUUAUUGCGACAACUCACAUUUUUAUCAAAGACAACCAGGAAUUAAAAAAAUAAUAAUAAUAAUAAUUAUCAGGAAAAAUAAUGGGUUUUAAUAUAUUUACAUAAGAUUUUAACUAUGCUAUUGUGUUUUAGGAAAUAAAAUGUAAACCAUGACAAACAGGAAAUAUGCAUAAACUGGCAGAUUGAUGUGUAAUGUGGGAACAUGUUGCAGAGAUGGCACGUUAGUUGUAGCUGUUCUAUGUUUGAAUUAAAAAUUUGGGCAGUUAUAAUUCAUUCUUACGGUGACCACCACUUGUAUAUGAUAAGCACAGAUUUUUAAUUUAUAA